UCCAACACCAAUGGUGGCAUGGGUGGAGCUUUACGCAACCCCAUCCAAAGAUUCUGUUUCUUUCUUUCUUUCUUCUUCCUCUAAAUCAUUUCUCUCAGCUUCUUUCUCUUCUUUAUCUAUCCAUGUCACCUUCAUUUUAUUGCAACUAAACGAUACCGUUUCGUUCACCUUAGUUAUUAUAUCUUCCCUUUAGAAAAGAGUUUCUCAAGAAAUGGGAAACAUCGGUAGCACAAGUGGUAACGGCCGCCGUAGACACGGAAGUCGACGUAAUCAUCCGCCACCACCGCCACCGCAACCGCCACUCACACCGCCUCAUCAUGAAAUUUCGGCAAAUCGCUAUGUGUUCGCGGCGGUGACGCCCUACCCGGAGCAGCAGUAUCCGGAUAAUAACAAUCCUAACCUUCCACCGCAGUACUACCAGUAUCAACGCUACCAUCCACCGCAUCCGCCAGCCAUGCCGGUGCCGCUUCCUGCGCAGUACGAUCACCAUGAUCGUGGAACUGGUCAUGUGGACCUCGGAAACUGGAGGUACCCGUGCGGGCCCAUGGCGUCGGCUCCGCAGCCGUACGUGGAGUACCAAAAGGCGGUUACGAUACGGAACGAUGUGAAUUUGAAGAAGGAAAGUUUGAAGCUUGAAACUGAUGAGGAAAAUCCUGGAAGCUUCUUGGUUUCAUUCACGUUUGAUGCUACUGUUGCUGGCAGUAUCACUGUCACUUUCUUUGCUAAAGAAGGUGAAGACUGUAACCUGACACCAACAAAGGAAAACAUUCUUGCACCAGUGACUGUUAAUUUUCCAGUAGGCCUCGGUCAGAAGUUCAGACAGCCAUCUGGAACAGGGAUUAACUUUUCAAUAUUUGAGGAGGCAGAGCUACUGAAAGAGGGUAACAUGGAUGUCUAUCCUCUUGCUGUGAAGGCAGAGGCAGUCCCUGCUAACCAGAAUGGAUCUGAUGGAAACUCUAUUCAGGUACCAACAAAUUCUCAGAUAACACAGGCAGUAUUUGAGAAAGAGAAAGGUGAAUACCAGGUCAGAGUAGUGAAGCAAAUUUUGUGGGUGAAUAGUAUGAGGUAUGAGCUGCAAGAGAUAUAUGGGAUUGGGAAUUCUGUUGAAGGUGAUGUUGAUGCAAAUGACCCAGGAAAAGAAUGUGUCAUUUGCCUAUCAGAACCGCGAGAAACAACUGUGCUUCCCUGCCGACACAUGUGUAUGUGUAGUGGAUGUGCAAAGGUUCUGAGGUUCCAAACAAAUCGGUGUCCAAUUUGCAGACAACCAGUUGAAAGGCUUUUGGAGAUUAAGGUCAAUGGACCGGAGGAAUGAAAACAAUAUAUGUUGCUGGCACUGAUUUUAUGUAUAGUGGUUUGUCGCGUUUCUCUAGUAUUCCCAUCUUCAAUAUAAUCUUCUUUACUAUUUCAUUUCUUCUGCUUAGGAAUUUCCUGCCUUUCUAGUAAAGGCAAUGAGUUAUGGCAAAGAUAAACUGCUGGCAAUGCACCAGAAUUAUAUGUAAGACAAUGCUUGUGCCUUGAGGCAAUUCCUCGUAAUUUUUAUCAUAUGAAAUAUAAUAUGAAGUUUAUGUUUGGUUUGCUUCA